UGUGAACUAUACCUACUACUUAUGUAUUAUUGAAUCUAUUUUCGAGUUUUUAAAGUUGAAACUUAGUAUAGUAUCAACUAUCAUGUUUAAACGUAACUUCACAAACCUAUAACCUACAGCAGCGCUAGUGGUGUAUUCCGUAAAUGUUUUGCCUAAUUAAGCGGGCAACUGAUAACGAUGUAGUUGACCGAUCUUAUCUUCUAAGGCCGUUCUGAAAAUAAUAAUAAUAACAAUAACUAUUGUAGUAACUACAAUAUCUAAGUAGUAUUUAUUAUUUAACACUAAUGACUAAAAUAAUAACAUUAAAAAUGUAUAGUUUAUCAAUAUUUGCGAAACCAAAUGUUUUUUAGCUUGACCGUUUAUUUCUAAUAUAACAAUAGUUUCUCCAUAUUUAAACACUGAAUUAUUACAUAUUAUAAAUGUAUUUCUUUGAAUUUUAACAGAUUUUUAAUUCUCCAAUACAUAUUUAUUAAUUAAACACAUUAAGUACAUAACUCGCUAAUUUCUAACUGACUAUGUUUUUAUCAGAGGGUGUCAUAAAAAAAGACUCUGAUCACAAUACUAGUACUACAUAUUACUGUCCUGUAUUAGGUUGCAAGUAUAGUAUUAAUGGUGGUGGACGUUCAUCCAAAUACUUCAAAACUCAAAAACUCUUAAAACAACACUGUAUAAAGGUACAUUCUGAUAAAAAAUUCAAAUGUGAUAAUUGCGAAAAAGGUUUUCCAUUAGAGUCUACUCUAAAAUCACAUCGUAUAACUUGUGGUGUAGUAUAUUCAUGUUAUUGUGGAGUUCAGUACAAAUCACCUGAAGCUUUUCUUACACACACAAAACGAAAACAACAUGACAUAGGACUAGGAUAUUCAACUAUAAUGAAGCUUUUAAAGUCAAGAAAACUAUUUCCAAGUUCAGAAGACAAAUUAAAGGAAUCUACUAAGAAGUCAGCUCAUACUCAAACGGUGACAGAUGUUCAGACUUUAUCAGACUCAUCGACUCAGACCAAUUUUGAUAGUAAGGACUGGUUGUUAAGAUACAACGAUCCAAAACUGUCAUCAGCAACAUCUAGUCCUGUUAAGCGAUUGUGUGCUCAAACACAAACAGAUCCACAGGGUGGAUGUACAAAGAUUGAAUCUGAUCCUAUGUUCUUAGAUUCAGAAACCCAAACUAAUUUUGACUGUUUAGAUAUUUACACACAGACCGCUGAAUCUGAAUGUUUAUUUGGAGAUCUAGAGUUUACUAAUAUUCAAACGCAAACCUGUUUUAGUUCUUUAUUCAGUGGGAACACAGCAGAUACUAAUGGUAUUCAAAAUGAAUGUAUUUAAUAAUUUAUACUAAUUAAAAUUAUAAAUAAAAUAAAUACACUAUAUACAUGUUUGAUAAGAUUAGGUAAUUACAUGUGUAUCUACUUGUUUAGGUGUAAGCUAAAAUUUGUAUUCCAUUCCAUAACACAUCUUCAUAGAUCUAAUAAUAAUUUUCUUCAUAACUUUACAUCUUUUAAUAAUAUAUUCAUAUUUUUUAACGAUCUACCUAAUAAUUAAGGAACAAUUUAAUUAUAGAU